GUUACGAACAACUAUGAACACGCCAAUACGGAAGAUGGCGGUAAUGCACUGUAAAGUUUGCAAACCGCCAGUAAACAAAAUAAUAAAAAGAAGAAGCUUCCGCCAACCGCAGCCUGUCUCCAGCGAUCUUAAUACCUCGUUGCUAGGCAUUGUGUUAGAGAAGACCCUUACUGACAUCAGACAAUGUCUCGGUUUAAAAGAGCCGGGAACGUGGACUCGCUCGCAGGCUUCAGGAACGAGGAAGCCGAACCGGCCGUUCCUCGCGGGUUGCUGAAGGGCGCCAGGAAAACCGGCCAGCUCAACCUCUCCGGCCGCGGACUCACCCAAGUCCCUCAGAGUGUGUACCGUCUGAACAUCGACGCGCCAGAGGAGGCUGAGCGCGACGUGUCCUUUGGUGCUUCAGAUCGCUGGUGGGACCAGACCGAUCUGGUCAAGCUGCUACUGUCAUCCAAUCAACUUACCAGUUUGUCCGACGACAUUCGACUCCUGGCUGGACUCCAUAUACUGGAUCUCCAUGAUAACCAGCUCAGCUCGUUGCCUAGUUCUUUGGGAGAACUGAAGGAAUUGCAGCAACUGCGACUCAGUCAUAACUUGCUGACAUCAUUGCCUGUGAAGCUGUUCUCUCUGAUGAACCUUCGUAGUCUUACAGUCCAGCAGAAUCUUUUGGAGGACCUGCCAGAGGAGCUGGGCCAGCUGGAGAACCUGAAUGAGCUGGAUGUGUCCAUCAACCAUCUUAAGUGCCUGCCCAGCAGUUUGGGGUGUCUGGGCAGUCUGCAGAAACUACACCUGUGCCACAACAAGCUCUGCUCUCUACCUAAAAGUCUGGGCAAACUCACAAAUGUUAAGCUAUUGGACUGCAGCAACAAUCAGCUUACUGACAUUCCUGCCAGCCUCUCAGAGAUGGUCGCUCUGGAGCAGCUCUAUCUCAGACACAACAAGCUCCGACUUCUUCCACGUCUAUGUGCACCCAAACUCCAGGAGUUGUAUGUUGGAAACAAUCAGAUUGAACAGUUGGAGACAGAGAAGCUGGUCUGUCUACCAGCCAUCUCAUUCCUCGAGCUCCGAGACAACAAGAUCAAAACCAUACCUGAAUACAUCACCUCACUAAGAACGCUUGUCCGUCUGGAUCUGACCAACAAUGACAUCACCACUCUGCCAGCGUCCCUCAGCCUCCUGCCCAGUCUGAAGGUCUUACUGUUGGAGGGAAACCCUCUUCGAGGGAUCAGAAGAGAUCUGCUCACUAAAGGAACAAGUGAGCUUCUAAAAUAUUUAAGAGGAAGAAUCCAAGAUAGGCCCGAGGCAGCAGAUGAAGGUCCUACAGCAAUGACGUUACCCAGUCAGGCCAAGUUCAGUGAACAUAACAUAAAAACGCUCAAGUUGUUGGAAUUCAGUGACAGGCAGGCUGAUAACAUCCCAGAUGAGCUGUUUGAUGCUGCAGUGGGUCGAGGUGUUACUGCUGUUAACUUCAGCAGGAAUCAACUAAAGUCGCUGCCUCCCAGACUGGUGGAGUCUCAUGCCUCAUUGGCAGAUAUCAAUGUUGGAUUUAAUCAGCUCACUUGCUGUUCUCCGGCCAUCUGCCAAUUGCUGCAACUGAAACACCUCGACCUGAGGAAUAACCACCUGGAUGAAUUACCAUCUGAGAUGAAGAACCUAACUAGAUUAUGUUCCAUCAUCCUCAGUUUUAACAGAUUUAAAUCCUUUCCUGACAUCCUCUAUCACAUUGUUACCUUGGAGACGGUGUUGCUUUGUAACAACCAGGUGGGGGCAGUGGACGCUACUCGUUUGAUGAAAUUAGACCAUUUAUCAACACUGGAUCUUUCAAACAAUGAUCUCCUCAACAUUCCCCCUGAACUGGGCCUGUGUACCAGCCUCAGGUUCCUUGGUCUGGAUGGAAACCCUUUCCGCACACCCAGACCAGCCGUCCUUGCCAAAGGCACAGAUGCAGUUUUGGAGUAUCUGCGUGGCCGCAUCCUCACAUAGAUCUAGAGCACUCCAACAUCAUCGGACCACAAACCGCUCUUUGUCUUUAAGUUACUGAAACAUGUAAUUCAUAUGUCAGUGUGGUGAUUGAAUCAAUAAUCAAAAUGGUCGUCAGCCAAAGGUGCUUCCAUUAUUAAAGUUGCUGCUAGGAAUUGA